GAAAUCUCUCCGACCGAGAAAAUGAACCAUUAAUCGAAGUAUGAGAAGUUUUGUAGCUAGUUUACUCUUAAACUUGUAUUUGAAUACAUCGCUAUAUAAAUAUGCUCAAUGUCAAAUUAACGUCAGCUAAAACCAGCCGGUCAAAAAUGAAUGUUAAAACGAUGUCCGUGAUAUCUGCGGUGUUUUUACUGGCAGUGGCGGCAGCAGAUGAGAUGUUGAAUAUACCAGGAGGAAAGAUGUUAAUGGGAACCAGUGCAGCUGAUGGGAGAGAUGGAGAGGCUCCCACUAAGGAGGUUGAACUGCAGCCCUUUGAAAUAGACAAAUAUCCCGUCACGAAUGCCGAUUUCAGAGACUUUGUGAGAGCGCAGAAGUACAAAACUGAAGCUGAGACGUUUGGUUGGAGCUUUGUGUUUCAAGACUUUGUGCCAGAAGAGCUGAAGAGCAAAGUCACUCAGAGGAUUGAGUCAGCUCCUUGGUGGUUACCCAUAGAACGAGUGUUUUGGAGACAGCCUGCAGGUCCUGGUUCAGGCAUUCGGGAGCGCCUGAGCUUCCCGGUGGUUCAGAUGAGCUGGAAUGAUGCUCUGGCCUUCUGCCGGUGGAAGGGCAAGAGACUGCCUACUGAGGAGGAGUGGGAGUGGGCUGCACGAGGAGGGCUGCAAGGUCGGACUUAUCCGUGGGGAAACAAGUUCCAGGGCAACAGAAACCUGUGGCAGGGAUCAUUUCCAGAUGGAGACACUGCAGAGGAUGGAUACCACGGUGUCUCUCCUGUCACAGCAUUUCCGUCUCAGAACAGUUAUGGACUGUAUGACAUGAUGGGAAACACAUGGGAAUGGACGUCUACACCCUUUCCAGCAGCACAACCAAUGUAUGUGCUGCGUGGUGGCUCCUGGAUUGACACCGUGGAUGGUUCAGCCAAUCACAAAGCCAGAAUCACGACCAGGAUGGGCAACACUCCUGACUCUGCCUCUGACAACCUGGGAUUCCGGUGUGCUGCCAGCAAUGGACACAAACAAGGGAAGAAAAAAGACAAAACUGAACUUUAGCAACACACAGGAAGUCAAAAUAAUAGGAAGAAGGACAAUAAUGUUCUAAGGAGCCAAAAAAAAGGGAAAAAAAGGGACAGAGUAAGUAUCAAUGACUAACCAGGAAUUUUAAUGGAAGAUGAUGAUGACAGGAGGAAUCAAACUGUAUUUCUCCUGUGGAGAACUUAUUUUUUAUGAAUUAAAAGAAUAAACACAAAAAUACUAAUACCUAACAAUCAAGAAAUAAAUACUUUUGCAAAGACUAAACAGUUAUUUUAACAGUUUUUCCAGAAUGUAGUUAACACCCCAAAACAAUAUAUCAUGCAGAUCAUUUUACAUGAAUGACUGAAGAGACUUGUUGUCUCAUUGACUAAUGUCACUGAAUGGAAGAAAUAGGACACUCUUUGACUGUCAUUGCCAGUCUUCCUUCUACCCGCUGGGAUCUGUCUUUUGUUGAGCGUUUUAUGUGACUGGAGAGUUAAUCAGUCUGUCUGUUUAGUCAAAGAUUCCUGUAAUCCCGUCUUUGUCUUUUUGUUUACUUUCUCAUCAUGAAUAACCCACUGAGCCUGAGUUUAGACUAAUUAUGUUAAACACCAUAAAUAAGACGUUUUUAUCUUAACUCCAGUUUUGUUUGAGUAUCAACUAACUGUAUGAAGCCAAUAAGUGAUCAGGUACUUUUGAGCUGGCCACACAAUUCAGAGAUAAUAUGCAAGUGGAGUGAAGUGUGUUUUUAGUAACAUAUUUUAUUGCCAAAUAUUUACACGAGCUGACAG